GAGGCGGGGCGCGGGUUCUCCCGAGCCGGUCCGCGCGCCUCUGCCCCGGGAGCUGCCGCCUGGCCGCCCGGGGACCGGGAACAGUUGUCGCACUCGGACCUCCUCGCGGACCCCUUCGGGAAGGGUGCGUGGAGCCAUGGAGGGCCUGGAGCUGGCCGGGAAGAUCCUUUCCACCUGGCUGACGUUGGUGCUCGGCCUCAUCCUCCUGCCUUCGGCCUUCGGGGUGUCUUUGGGCAUCUCCGAAAUCUACAUGAAGAUCCUGGUGAAAACUUUAGAGUGGGCCACGUUACGAAUUGAAAAAGGAGUCCCGAAGGAGUCCGUUCUUAAAAAUUCAGCUUCUGUUGGUAUUAUCCAAAGAGAUGAGUCACCCAUGGAAAAAGGACUCUCUGGUCUUCGAGGAAGGGACUUUGAGCUGUCUGACGCGUUUUAUUUCUCCAAGAAGGGAUUGGAAGCCAUUGUGGAAGAUGAAGUGACCCAGAGGUUCUCGUCUGAGGAGCUAGUAUCAUGGAAUCUCCUCACAAGGACCAAUAUAAAUUUCCAGUACAUCAGCCUGCGGCUCACCAUGGUGUGGGUGCUGGGCGUCCUAAUACGCUACUGUGUCCUACUGCCUCUGAGGGUUACCUUGGCUUUCAUUGGGAUCAGUUUGUUGGUUAUUGGAACUACGCUGGUUGGGCAGCUUCCAGAUAGCAGCUUCAAAAACUGGCUGAGUGAACUGGUCCACCUGACCUGUUGCCGGAUCUGUGUGCGAGCCCUCUCAGGGACCAUUCAUUAUCAUAACAGGCAGUACAGACCCCAGAAGGGAGGCAUUUGUGUUGCCAACCAUACCUCCCCAAUAGAUGUUUUGAUUUUAACAACGGAUGGAUGCUAUGCAAUGGUUGGCCAGGUUCAUGGUGGGUUGAUGGGAGUUAUUCAGAGAGCUAUGGUCAAGGCUUGUCCACAUGUCUGGUUUGAACGCUCAGAAAUGAAGGAUCGACACCUGGUUACUAAGAGACUAAAAGAACACAUUGCUGACAAGAAAAAAUUACCCAUAUUAAUCUUUCCCGAAGGAACUUGCAUCAACAAUACUUCAGUCAUGAUGUUUAAAAAGGGAAGCUUUGAAAUUGGAGGAACUAUAUAUCCAGUUGCAAUUAAGUAUAACCCUCAGUUUGGUGAUGCCUUUUGGAACAGUAGUAAAUACAACAUGGUGAGCUACCUGCUUCGAAUGAUGACCAGCUGGGCCAUCGUCUGUGAUGUGUGGUACUUGCCUCCCAUGACGAGAGAGGAAGGAGAAGAUGCAGUCCAGUUUGCUAACAGGGUUAAGUCUGCUAUUGCUAUACAAGGAGGAUUGACUGAGCUUCCCUGGGAUGGUGGGCUGAAGAGAGCAAAAGUGAAGGACACUUACAGGGAAGAACAACAGAAGAACUACAGCAAGAUGAUCGUUGGCAAUGGAUCUCUCAACUCUCAGUCAGACUGAUUGCGGCCCUGGAGAUAAAGCUUGGCUUCCCAGAACUAGCCCUUAGAAAUGGGAUCGUGUGUGUGUGUGUGUGUGUGUGUGUGUUUGGGGGGGGGGUGUUGUUUUGUUUUAUUGUUUUGUUUUUUUAUUGUUAAUCUUUUCUACAGGAUAAUUGUCUCUACCUCUUAUGCCAGAGGCAGAACCCAUCAGUGCACUUUUGUUGUUAGAGCAUUAGCCUCCUGGAUUGUAGGGUAGAUGACUGAGUUUAAACAGAUUCUGCCUUCUGUAAGAUGAUUAUGUCAUUGGUGAUUGAAUGAAAUAUUUGUACAGGAAAAAAUGCUUUGAAAACACUUUUGGAACUCUUUUGUGUUUGUAAUCAUUGAUAUGGUAGUUCUCAUAAAAUACCCCAAACUCUUUUUCCUGAUUAGCUUUCUCAUGCCCUUUCCUCACACUUCGGUCAGCCUCUUAAACAGUGGGAUGAGGUUACCAUCAUGGCUAUGUUCUCCUUCAAGGCUGAGAAGAAAAAUGGACGGUAGUAUUUAGGAGAAAGGACAACUUUGUGGCCAUCUAAUCUGAAAGCUAAAAGGAAAUGUUAAUAUUUUUUUACUACUGUGUUAGAAGAGAAAUACCAUCUAGUGAGCUUUACCAAAGAGAGGUGAGUCCAAGUUACUGUGUGAGUGCAUUUAUUUAUAUGUAGGUAAGUUGCAAAUAAAUACAUUUAGCCAGCAACUGGUGAUAACGUUUAGUUUUCCUUGUUUGUAUGCUAAAGAUCUGUACCUAGUGCCUGUCCCACCUACUGUAACCAAACACAUUUCAAAUAGGAGUCUUUUACAACAAAAAAAUCACAUUUAGUGUUUUCCGUGGGAGUAUGAAUGAGUAAUGUGUGUGGCACUGCCCUUCACCCUCCACCACUUUGUAGUUUAUUUCAGAACAGAAAAAUUUUUCUUAAACAGAAAAAUAAGUGGUGAAAUUACCUUUUGGAAACUGAGCCUUAAAUUUUUUAAAGUGGAAAAUAAGUGCUUUUGACUCACAGCAUAAACAAUGUUUGAUAGUAAUAUAAUGCCAUCUUAAACUCUGAGAGUAUGAUAUCUUUUCUGGAAACCAUGUACAGAAUGUGAAACUAUCUUAUGGUGAAUAUAAAUAAAUUCUAUAUUUCUAAA